GUAUGAUUCCAUCCUGAGUGGCUGUUCUCUCGAGCAGCGUUCAUUUAUCUCUGUCCGCCUUCUGUCCCACCUAAGUGUGUGCCGCCACCCGAUAGAAGAUUCGAUGGACAUGGACAUGAGCCCCCUGAGGCCCCAGAACUAUCUUUUUGGUUGUGAACUAAAGGCUGACAAAGAUGAUCACUUUAAGGUGGAUAAUGAUGAAAAUGAGCACCAGUUAUCUUUAAGAACGGUCAGUUUAGGGGCUGGUACAAAGGAUGAAUUGCACAUUGUUGAAGCAGAGGCAAUGAAUUACGAAGGCAGUCCAAUUAAAGUAACACUGGCAACUUUGAAAAUGUCUGCACAGCCAACGGUUUCCCUUGGGGGCUUUGCAAUAACACCACCAGUGGUCUUAAGAUUUAAGUGUGGUUCAGGACCAGUGCAUAUUAGUGGACAGCACUUAGUAGCUGUGGAGGAAGAUGCAGAGUCAGAAGAUGAAGAGGAGGAGGAUGUGAAACUCUUAAGUAUAUCUGGAAAGCGGUCUGCCCCUGGAGGUGGUAGCAAGGUUCCACAGAAAAAAGUAAAACUUGCUGUUGAUGAAGAUGAUGAUGAUGAUGAUGAUGAUGAUGAUUUUGAUGAUGAGGAAGCUGAAUAAAAAGUGCCAGUGAAGAAAUCUAUAUGAGAUACUCCAGCCAAAAAUGCACACAAGUCAAAUCAGAAUGGAAAAGACUCAAAACCAUCAUCAACACCAAGAUCAAAAGGACAAGAAUCCUUCAAAACACAGGAAAAAAACUCCUAAAACACCAAAAGGAUCUAGUUCGGCAGAAGACAUUAAAGCAAAAAUGCAAGCAAGUAUAGAAAAAGGUGGUUCUCUUCCCAGAGUGGAAGCCGAGUUCAUCAAUUUUGUGAAGAAUUGCUUCUGGAUGACUGACCA